CACCAGCUGGCCGCAAUUCCUCUCGAUUUGUAUUUGCCCUUACAAUCCUCCUAGGGCUCAUACUUGGUGUCGCCUCCAUUGACUCCUCCUCUCCUUCUGCAGGACUAGCUGCUCAUCUCUUUUUCCUUGCCCUCUCUCCUUCAGCAGCCUGCUGUGCUCCAUCUUCAUUUUCCAACUCUGCAAACCUGUUCCUGAGUUCUAUUUCUCCAUCGCUGGCCCAUCUUUUCCUCUGCCUGGUUCUCCUAGUCACAUGCUUCCACCGUCCACUUUCCUCACCCAGCAGCUCCUCCUCAGAGUUCUUUGGUCCUGCUUCUAUCCGCUCGUCUGAGCUUAUCCCCUGUGCCUCAUCAUGUCUGUGAUCCAUCAUCUGUUCAAACCCCCUUCUAAACUCAGCCAGAGUUUCCACCUGCAUCUCCAGUCCUCUUAUCUUUUCCUCCAGCAGCUCUAUCAGGCGGCACUUCAUGCAGAUGAAACUCCUUUCAGGUGCCCCCUCCAGGACCAUGUACAUGCCACAGCUACCGCAUCCGGUCAUCCUCAGUGUGUCUGUACCUGCUGCCUCUGCCUCCAUCAUACCCUUCCAACUCUGUGCCUGGCAAUCCACGCCUCACACCGCACCGCAGGCCACCAACAAGCGUUGGGCUGCUGGCAGACUCCUGCCUCUUCCCUUGUCUGGCUUCCUGGUUUCUCUGCCUUGGUCUCCCCUGUAACCUCCCCCUGGAAACUCCCACUGAAACUCCCUGUUAGCAGAUCUGUUCACUGGCGUCUGUGCCGCUGCCUGAGUGCCUGGCUCCUUAUAUAGGACCCCUAAUGAGGUAAGCUCUGCCCCCAGCUCAGGGCUCAGCCUCGCUCCCAGCACACAGCCCCUAGCAGCCUGCACACACACUCACUCACACACAAACUCCACAAUACAAUCCACAAACUACAAAAACCUGCUCCUCCAACAGAACUCCCACUGAAACUGCCUUCUUAGCAGCUCUGUUUGCUGGCUCCUGUGCCGCUACAGCUGUCUGUCUUUGUACUUCUCCUGGCACAAUGGGGAACCACUGUUAGUUGGUCCUUAGGCAAUAAGGGUUACCAGUUUCCAAACCUGAUGUGAUCUCACAACUGGAAUGAGGGGAAGAGCCGUGGGUCCCAGACCUCUAUGGCUCAGAGAAAAAAGUGCUCCCGAGAGCUGCCUGCACAGGGAGUGAUGUAUUUCUGGAUUCAGUCUGUCUCCCAUCAGGUGUUAGGAUGGUGAGUGAGAAUGAGGAGACUCCCCAGCAGGAAGCUGCUGAGCAAGUAGAACCACAUGGGACAUUGUCAGGAAGACCCAAAGGGAAUGUUUCCAGGAGUUGUGCACUCCCAGAAAAAGUAAAAGCCUGUGGGAUUCAGCAGAGGCCGGAGGAAAACUUCAGUAGCCACUCAGACCUUAUCACACCCGACUGUGGGAAAAGCUUCAAUGGGAGCUCAGACCUUUUCACAUAUCAGAGAAUCCACAGAGGAGGGAGACCCUACAUGUGCUCUGAGUGUGGGAAAUGCUUCCAUUGGAGCUCACACCUUAUCUCACAUCAGACAAUCCACACGGGUGAGAAAGCUUAUGGAUGCACGGAGUGUGGGAAACGCUUCAAUCGGAGCUCAUACCUUAUCACGCAUAGGAGAAUCCACACAGGUGAGAAAUCUUAUGGAUGCUCUGAAUGUGGGAAAUGCUUCAGUUGGAGAUAUGCCCUUAUCGCACAUCGGAGAAUCCACACAGGAGAGACGCCCUACACAUGCUCUGAGUGUGGGAAAAGCUUUAAUCGGCACUCACAGCUUACCACACAUUGUAGGAUCCACACAGGAGAGAAACCCUACCCGUGCUCUGAGUGCGGGAAAUGCUUCAGUCGGACAUCAGCCCUUAUCACACAUCAUAGAAUCCACACAGGAGAAACGCCCUACACAUGCUCUGAAUGUGGGAAAAGCUUCAAUCAGAGUUCAAACCUUAUCUCACAUCGUAGAAUCCGUGCAGGAGAGACGCCAUACAUGUGCUCUGAGGGCGGGAAAAGCUUCAAACAGAGCUCUAGCCUGAGCAGACAUCAGAGAAUCCACACAGGAGAGAGCCCCUACACGUGCUCUGAGUGCGGGAAAACCUUCACUGAGCACUCUGACCUUGUCAGACAAAUUUAAAAUCCACAGUGGAGAGAGAUCCUACACAUGUUCUGCAUGUGGGAAAAGCUUCAAUCAGAGGUCAUUCCCUGUUAGACACCAGAAAAUCCAAAUGGGAGAGAACUGUAAGAAAUGCCUUGAUUAGAGCUGCCCAAAGAUUUGUUUUUAAAAAAAUCACAUUUGCUACUUCCAAUAUAGUGAUCUUUGCGCCAUCUUCACCGUGGUCUCUCAGCUCCCCCAGAUAAGUUUCCUGCUUCUGCCUUUUGCAGCUCACUCUUCUCUGUGAUCUUUUCUAUCAACUCCUUUCCUUUUGAGUCAAAGCAGUGUGUGUCCUUCCAGCCAGGAAUGUUCAUCAGCUCCAGGUGGGAGAGAGGUUUGAUCCCAGCAAGCUACACUGAGGCAAAAACUACCUGUGCCUUACGUUCACUAGGACUGUACAUGGUGUUGGAUGCUCAAGUUAGUGAUCUUGGUGUAAAAAGACAAUUACAGUUGUAGAGCAGAUGCAGCUCAGGUGCAGUGGUUGGCAUUAGCUUUCCCCUUGACCUGACCUAAACGCCAUCACUUUUCCUAAUCUAAACAAACCCUGCGCAUCACGGUUAUACUGUUCCCCCAUUUCAAAGCAGUUCUUAGUCAUGAAGUUUCCCCUUCAGGAAGAAAUUGUUUCAUUCCUAGUUGCUUUGAUGUUACUUCAGGUUGUGCUGAAGAGGAGAUAUUUUUAUUAACAUUUUCCUCACUUAAAAUAUAUUGAACUAUAACAAAGCUAUGGUGAUCUAUGGCCCAUGUGAACUAUUUUUAGAACAUUGCUCCCUAAGUGGCAUUAAUCACACUUCUAAAAAAUGCCAUGAGUAAAUUGGGAACAACUGUCUUUUACCAUUUGGAUCCAAAGUCAGAUGUAGCACAGAGAGAAACAGCUGAUUCCUUCAAAGCCAUUCCAUGCCUUUGGGUCCCAAUCUGGCUGCCUUGUUGGACAAGAAGCACUUCCCUGCUGGGCAAAUGAUGGUAGCCAAUGAGGGAAUGUAUCAAAUUCCAAGUUCAGACUGCAGGAUACAUGAAUGCUCAGUCCUGACUCUGUGGUUUGGUCUCUUAGUUUUCCUGUUGAGUCUUGUGCAUUUGUAUCAUUUCUCUGCCUCCUCCUACUUUGAAAGAUUAGAAAGUGUGAAAAUAGAGCACAGAUAGAUUUUCUCAUGAUACAAUCUUCCCAUGUAGUGUGAGACCCCUUCCUCUACACUUCUGGGAGAAGACUCAGGGAGAAAUGAACUCACAGAAAUGGAAGAAUCCUAGAAUGUAGAAUGUGACUUCACACAAAGCUCACUGGGUGGAAAUGGGAAUUAAGAGAAAACUGCCCUAUCGGUUUAUAUUUUGUAAUCUUUGACUAAAUUGUUAGCAGCGACAAUGAAAUUAAACAUGAAGUUAACUAGUAUAAUGUAAGAGGCUGAUUCUGUGAUAACUUUCACUGUUACAAUAUGAUUCAGGUUUUCUUCUAGUUCUCUCCCUGCCCCCUCCUACUCUAUUGGAAAUGGUGGCUAAUCCUGAAAUUAAAAACUCACUCCAAAGGAGUUAGAGUGGGCGAAUAUGUGAGAGAAAUAGCAUGUAAGAGAAUAGAGACCUAGUAUAGACUGUAAUUAUUUUAUGACUAUUUCAAAUGGAAUUUAUUUUGAUAAAUUUUAAAAUAAAUCAUCUGUGAAGAAUAAAAUUA